UCUGAGCCCUCGCCGAGAAUAGGCCAACAAGAAAGAGUGGAUGCAAUGGCAAGGUCCAAGUCUUUUUAUAUAAUUAAUUCCACGGAUAAGAUUGUUUCCAGUGUCCUAGUGCGCAUUUAAGAGUUGGGUAUGUCAAGUCAAUUCCAUCCACCUCAUUCUCCCAAAGCAACACGUUGCCCCAACCAGUGCGGCUCCUUUUGAUCCGCUUUUCUAUCUCUCCCCUCCUUGUAUGUACCAGCAUCCUCUUCUCUGUUGCCAUCGAACUCGGCGGUAUCAUCGGAAGGGUGCCGGACGACAGCUAACAAAUGGCCAAAGUCGUUGAGGCGGGACCUUUUGGUGGGAGUGGAGAUGAUAUCGUCGAUAUGGGGGCUGCUGAUCGGCUGCCGGAGAUCAAAAUCCGCUCUGGAAUUGCCGCCAAAGUCGUUAAGGUGGGACCUUUUGGUGGGAGUUUUGGUGAUAUGUUCGAUAUGGGGGCUGCUGAUCAGCUGCUGGAGAUCAAAAUCCGCUCUGGAAUUGCCGUUGAUGCUAUAAUUAUUACGUACCUAGUUAAUGGGCGCAUUGAAACCCGUCGGUUUGGUGGUGAAGGUGGUGAGGAGAGCCUGCAGUUAAAAUUUCGCCCAGGAGAAUUUCUUAUCGAGAUGUCAGGCUCUUCAAGUCGUCAUGGCUUCAUAAGCUCACUCAACUUUCGCACCAAUUUUGACACAAAUGUACCACUUGUUCCGGAGGAAGACACGCCUUUUUCUGUUUCUGUGGUGAACAGUAAGAUUGUCGGCUUCUUUGGACGCUCAGCAGAUGUUCUUCAUGCAAUUGGAGUUAACGUAGUGCCAACUUGACGUCCCUCUGAUUUGCGUACGUACGUAAAUAAGGACACAAAAAUCUUGCAUCGCACUGAUCUUGUGGUCGUCUAAUAAAACAGUUGAAUUGAUGUGCGUUGGGAGGGGCUUCCUUUGAUCUGCGUACUGUAAAUAAGGAUGUUAUGAACUUCUAUGUUGUUAUGCCUGUAAACUUACUGAAGUUGAAUAACAUGUUGACAAAAUGAAAUGAAAUUA